ACGGCUCCUUUCCACAGUGGCAGACGGCGGAGGUGGACAAAAUGAAGGCAAGUUCCUGCCGGGGCAGGAGCCUUUAGCCCCGAAGCCGGGGCUAGCAGUGGACAACCGGACUAUCCGUCACCCCCCCAUUCUCCCUCCGAGCUGUGCCGGGGUCGGGCCGGCUGCCAGGCUGGUCGCCUUCCCUCCUCCCUCGGGGGAGGGGCCGGGCCAGCGGGCUACACCGCCAAGCACCGGCCGGGUAUCUGGAACCCGGGCCAGGUUUGUCAGUGGUCAGCGGGCCUGCGACCCACUCUUGGGUGCACUGAAGCCACAGGGAGGAAGGAAUAGGGGGCAGACAUGGGGAUAAAGCCUUCCUCCCUCACUCCUUUGACAAAGGGAAUAACUGCUGCCUAAAACCUGGCCUUCCUUUUCCUGGGGCAGUACUCUUGCCCUGGUCCUGCUCCCUGGGCCCAAUAUUUGGUCAUCCUCCUGAAGGGCUACCCCUGCUGCCAGCUGCUGGAGAGCCUCAGGGUCCUCUGUACAGCUUGGGCACAGGGUGGGCAACCCUUCCUCCAGCUCCCAGUCAUUGGGCAUGGCGGCCUCUGGUCGGAAACGAAAAGCCAACUUUUCUAAUGAUGAGACAGAGACGUUGGUGUGGAAUGUGGUGCGGCAUUUUGGGGCCUUGUAUGGGGCGGAGGCUCUGCGAACCCAUUCUGCCCACCGAAACCAGCUCUGGGGCCAGAUCCAGAACCGAGUGAACUUCCUGGGCUACACUGAACGCUCAGUGGAAGACCUGAAGCACAAGUGGCGGGACUUAAGGCUGGAUGUCAAGAGAAAGCUCACUUCCAAGAGGGGUCCCUCUGGCUCCCUUAGGACCCACCUUACCCCUUUGGAGAAGAUGGUGGCCUCCACCUUUACCCAAGCCAGCCCUGACGAAGAACCUGAGGCAUUCUUGGACCCUGAGACUGGUCUCGAGCCUCCGAUGUCUCCUGACCUCCGUAAUGGCGUGAUGGUCUCCUAUGCUUCGGUGGACGAAGAGGAAGAAGAGUCCCAGGUGGCCCCGGGCCACCACCAGGAAGCGGAGGAAGAGAGCCGUGGGCUGCUCCUGUUCCGGCCCUGCAGUUCGCGGACCUCCCUCUCCUCCUUACCCGAAGACCCGGGAGAAUUCCCUCCUGCCUGGGCUGCCCCUGGCGUGGUCAGCGACUUCGGCCAGGUCCUGGGCCGCUCCCAGAUGCCCCCCGAUACCCUAAAAGAGGAGGAGAGAGCAGAUGGGAGCGUCCGGGGCAGACAGCGAGGCCGGAACUGGGAAAAGCUGGACAGCAGCAGCCGGCGCUCCCGGCUCACUCGGGAGGAGGUUCUCCCUCCCUCGGUCUCACCGAGUGGGGAGCCCCUUCGGGGGGGUAUGAGCUGUUCCCGCAGUGCUCGGGAGGCCUGGCGGACUAACCUGCACCGCCUCUUAGACCUGGAGGAGCAGUGGGACCAGCUGUACCACCAGGAGCUGGGGCUUUGGCAGGAGGAGAGGGCGCAGCAGCGAGAGGAGCGGGCCCGGGACCGCGAGCUGCAGGCCCGCCUGCUCAGCGUCCUUACUGACAUCAGGGACGAGCUGCGCUCCUUGCGCCAGGAGAGGGUCUUUGCCCGGCGGAGCCAGGCGGCCUCAGUCUCAGCCUUCCCCAUCCCAGGGCCGCCCCUCUCGGGGACCUCACCAUAUUCUGGCCUCUCCUUCCAGCCGGGUUUGGGGGCUGCCUUCGUAGACCCCGCCCUCCCCAGCACUGGUCGCGGGGAGGCUGUAGGGCCAAGCCGAGGCGGGGUUCCACCCCGUCGAGGCCGAGGGAGACCCAGGGGCUCCACAUCAAAACACAAAAGACUUUCCUAGGCUCACAACUGGGGGAGAGAGGGAUUGGGGGAGGGGCAGGUGGAGCUGGGGCAUGGUCAGAAAGACUUUUUAAAAAGUUUUAAACAAAAUGAUGAUGAUAAUAAUAAUAAUAAUAAAGGCCACCGUACUUGUA